AUGGGAAAUGUGCCCGGUUGGUUGAAAUCACUUCGUUUACAUAAGUAUACUCAAUUGCUUCAACAAAUGGAUUAUAAUGAAAUGAUGCAGUUAACUGAACAAAAACUUGAGAAAUUAAAUGUUACGAAAGGCGCACGAAAAAAAAUUUUACAAAGUAUACAAAAACUUCAUGAACGUGUACAUCAAAUCAGACAACUUGAAACGUCGAUCGACGAGAAAAGUGGUGACAUGGCAUGCGUUAUCAUGGAACUUCGAAAUACAAUGAAUACACCGAUACGUGCAUUUGUUCCGAAAUAUUUGGCGAGAAAUGGAUAUUGCGAUCGUGAAGAAAAUGAUGGUGAACUUGAUGAUGAAAAUCUUCCUGGUCAUAUUAUACGAUUACUUGGGAAAAUUUAUUCGGUACUUGUGGAUCCAUGCGAAACUCGAUUAUUUUCCUUAGAUGAUGAAUAUUUCUAUUGUUUGGAUCAGAUUUUUGAUAGAAUUGCUAUGCAUGAGGCGUUCACUGUAGUGCAAAAACGUUGUACAGCGAAUUGGAGGCUUCGAUUGCGUGCAAUGCAUAGUAUUUUAAACAGUUUGAGAAAUCAGAAGAUCUUAUCUUAUUCGUCAACAAAUUAUUCGACGAAAAGUCGACUCAGUAAUCAGUGUUCACGAAAUGUACCAAUGAAACAGGCAAAUGGAGGAACAUUGCGAGAAGCGUUAUUAACGAGAUUAUCUGCUUGUGAAACAGCAGCUCAAAUGGUGUCGCAGUCUGCAUUACAAACCUUUUUAGAGACACGAAAUGCUCAAGCUGCUGCAACUGCUUAUUAUUUAGGUCUCGCUUCUAUCACCUCGUUGUUACCACACUAUAUGCUAUCACUUCACGAUCUUAUAAAUGCAAGAAAUAUGCAGUGCAGUCCAAAUGAUUAUUAUCCACAAAUGAACGAUCAGUUUUCGCCUCAUAUUUUCUCACCAACUAAUCAACAGUUUCACUCUCAGCAUCAGCAGCACCAUAUACAGCAACAGCGUCAUCACCAUCACCUUCAACGACGGCAUCAUCAUCAACAACAACAAAUGAAGGUUGCUUCAUCGAAGAUGACUUUUGAAGAAAUGAUGUUGCAAAUGAGUUUUAAUAAACCUAAAGAACCACUAAACCAGUUUAUCAAUUCACAAAAUAUGAAAGAUUCUUCACUAAUGUACGCAAAUAAUUUUUCUCAACAACAACAGUUCUGGAACAAUUUUUACGAAAAUAAUUCGGCAAUUUUUGAUAUGCAACAAAAUUCAGUGGCGAAAACAAAUUCGUCGCACAACAUUUUAAGUAAAAGUAGUGAUCGGUUGGACACAACAUCUCCAGCAAUGUCAUCAAAGGCAUUGACACAAGGAUCAUCAUUAUCAUCACAAGAAGCUUCAGUUAACGAAUCGCGUUUAACUCGAACUUAUCUUGGUUCAAUUCAGUUUAACCCGCUUAUUGAACCACUAACUGUUGACGUUUCACACCAACCAACAAUGAUUAAUAACAAUAAAUUACCUUCACUGCGAUGCACAUCGAAAACUGGCAAUUAUUCUAAUGAUCGAGCGUUAAUCGAUCAGACCAACAAUUUUCCAAUGAAACCGUCAAUCAGUGAAAAUCUGUACCAUCAUCAUCAAAGUGUUAUGAGUGAACAUAAACGAGAAUCAGACUCUAACGCGACAAAUACUUGGUCGAUAUUCAGUCCGUCAUCUGUAAAUAUGCCCCCAACAUCGCCUAUACACGUGCAAAACGUCGAACAACUUCAGCAGUAUAUCUUUCCUUCCGGCAAUCAGUUGAGUUCAAAUGCAUGUGGUUCGGGUUGUAGUUCAAGUGCAAGUGGACGAAGUUCUGGAGCUGGUACUCCACCUGCUUUAAGAGUAUACAAUUUUGCAAAUGAACAAUGUGGAAUGGUCGAUGAAUUGAAUGCUGUUUGUAGAGAUGUAGCUGCGCUUACAUUUAAUAAUACUGAUUUUUAA